AUGGCAGCCCACAAAGGAAGUCGGACUGCGAAGAGUAGGCCGCCAAAGGGACCACUGGAGGUACCGUUCCCAGCAGAGAAGGACUGGCCUGAGGAUGAUGAUGCAGAUUAUGUCUUCAAGGACCCCUCUCAGGAGCUGAAAUCUCUGCCUCAGCCGUACCGAAUGAUCGACAAGCUGGUGAACCUUGUGUUUGACCAGACCUGGGAAGCUAUUGAAGAGAGAGAGGCGCUGAGGGAAGCCGAGAGGAACCGGGUGCAGCCCACUGUCUACCCUCCUGUUGCAGAAAUUCAGCUCAACAAAACACCCAAUUGUAUGGCUAUUUCCCAAGACUAUCUGUUCAUUGGAGGAGCCAAAGGAUUCUCCAUCUAUAAUCUGUACAAUGCUAAACGAAUAUUUGUUUGGGAGAAAUUUAAGGUUGAUGUCACUUCCAUCUGGGCCAUGGAUUUGGGGAAUGAAAUGCUCAUUGCUCCUGUGGAUGAAUUGGGCAUCGUUAGGCUGUUCUAUUUGUGUAAGGAUUGCCUUUUCCUGAUCAAAGCCAUCAAUGAAGCGGAGGACUCCAGCAAGCAAACCACCUGCAUAAAGAUGGAGCUCGCUCAAGGAGGGGACUUUGCUGCCUUCCUCAUACAAGGAGGUGGAGACGUUUGGCUGGAUGUGUAUAAAUUGCCCAAGGACUCUUGGCUCAAGGAAGUGGAACACUACCAACUUGCUCAAAACUCGAAGAAAAAAGUCGGACAGCUGCAACUGAGCAUGCUCGGUCACAUUACUCCAGAUAAUGUAGAAACGGAUAUGAAUGUAUGUUUCAAAGCAGAUAUUAAACUGAGUUUUCCUGUUCACAUAAUGAAGAUCAAGCCACCUAAGCCUCUUGCAGGUACACCGUUUAAAAGCCCUCUGGAAGCUUUCGCAAAGAUUGAGGAUUGCCACGGGCUGGGCUCCGGGCAGAACCACUUCAUCAAGGACAGUCAGUGGGAGCAGCAGUCAGAAAUGUUUCACACAUUCUACAGGAAGUUCCUGGACACAGAGGGGGAAGAGGAGCAGCCUCUCAGUCUGGCUACAUUCCACUUCUUCCUUCCCAGCCCCAUAUUUGCUGUGCCCAUGGAAGCCAAGAGCUCCUUUGCCUCAGGAGUAGCCUGUGUCCUUGGCGUGCGCUGGACCGGAAGUCACAAUUUCUUCCUCUACUCACUGAACAGAACUCUGAAGGAUAAAACCGACCAUGAGGGCGUGUGGCCCUGCGCUGCCCCCAUCACAGUCUCCCAGCUCAGCUGCUCCUCCUCCUACCUGGUGCUGGCCUGCGAGGAUGGCGUGCUCUCACUGUGGGACCUGGCGGUAGGAUUCUCCUUUGGGGUCGUUGCUCUUCCUGAGGGAUCUAUCUGCGAAAGCGUGUAUUUCCUCAAGUACUUCCUGGUCCACGAAGGACAGAACGUGUACCCCAAGACUCCGGUGAAGUCCCAAAUGUCAUGUGUGGUGCUGUGCACAGACGCGUCCCUCUACCUGGUGUCCGCCAAAGGGACCCAAGGACCCACCGUCCGCGUGCUCGUCGAGAGGCCUGAAAAGCACCUGGAUGAAGCAAUCUGUGCUGUGGCCCCGGUCCGAGCCCUGCCUGGCAUGGUGCUCAUCUUCACCAGGAAUGGCUCCAUGUCCCUUAUGAACGUGGCCAAACCCGAGAUCAUCUGUGCCUUUGCCCUGCCCAGACCCCCUCACGUGACGGGGCCCUGGAAGCCCAUGUUUCUCGUGUCUCUACAGCUUCCGUUUUUCCUGCUGCAAGGAGACUGUUCGGAUGUAACAAAGUCCAAAUCCGUAGAGGAGGCGGGGGACACCCGAAAUUCUGUAUUCUACUUCAACUUUGAGGCUUACCCACUCCUGGAAAAUCUUUCCAAAACUUCCAUCACCCCUCCAGAGGAUCUGAGCGAGACCUUGGCCUUUCCCGAGGCGCUGCCACUGGAGCGCAGGUGUGAGCUGCUGCUGCGGAAGAGCUUCCAGAUGCUGGAGAAGAAACCGAAGCAGAUCCAGGAGCAUGAGCACUGGAGCCAGCUACGGAGGUACUCCUUGCUUCUGCAGCGGGAGAACCGGAAGUGA